UUCGUCUCUCUCUCUCUCUCUCUAAAUGGGGUGCUGUUGCGACGAAGAUGACGACGUUGAGAUCCUGAGGCAUCUUCAUCCCUCACCGACCGUUCAGUCUCCGCCGCAGCAGCAGCCUACGCUACCGGAUUCUUCCACUGCCGUUCUGUCUCCGAUGAACUCUCACUUCUUCGCCCUCUCAUGCCGCGACAUCCUUCGCCUCAUCUUUGAGAAGCUUUCCAUCCCCGACUUGGCUCGUUCCAGCUGCGUUUCCCGUCUCUGGAACUCUGUUGCUUCCGAUCAGGAAAUUGUUUCCGGUGCUUUCAAAGCGCCGUGGAAGGUGAAGGAUGUAAUAGGGAAGCCGAGCUCCGGGAGCUUCUGGAGAGAUAAUUGUCUUGGAAAGUUUGCGAUCUCUCAUCGGAUUCUCCGCGGCGACAGCUUGGCUAGUCUUGCCGUUAAGUAUUCGGUUCAGGUCAUAGACAUAAAACGUCUAAACAACAUGAUGAGCGACCAUGGCAUAUACUCAAGAGAAAGAUUGCUAAUCCCCAUUGGCAAUCCCAACAUACUUAUAAACAGUAUAUGCUACAUCGAGAUGGACGCUAUUGCGAAACGGGAAGUUGCAACGUUGUAUUUAGAUGGCAUCCCCACGACCCAUCAUUUAUAUGGUAAGGAGACGAAUGAUCAGGGUAUGUCCUCUGUUCAAGUGAAGAAACGAGUACUCCAUUCGUUGAGUCGGAGCAUGAUGGUCGACGACGAAACCGCUCAAUAUUACUUAUCCAUUUCCGAUGGCGAUCCUCGAGCUGCUCUCACAGAAUUCGCCGAAGACAUCAGGUGGGAGAGGCAUAUGGGCAUGGCCUAGUUUCAGAAAUACAGAUUGUUGCUCGGAGUAAAGAUCACCCGUAAACUAGCGUGGAAUACGGUUGCGUUCGACUGGAACGUGUUUAUCUUCUCGACCUCGACAAAGAAGGAUCAGCCAAAGAAUUCAUUUUCAGCCCCAUUUCACCAAUUGGUAUGUAUAUGUUGCUGCUCUAUUUCGCAACUGUAUGAAUCAUUACCAGUAAUAUAACAGUGUGAAUAUUAGUAUUGUUUUCCACUGAGUAUGAAUGCUUAUAUGACUUCACCAUUA